AAUGGGGUUGAGGAAUCGCUAAGACGAAUUAAUUUCUGGAGCUCCCGGAACAUAACCGCCUUACAAGCAUUCUUGCUAUACCUGAUUUGCGGACGGCAAGACCAAAAUGGCCCCGAUGUCUCCUCUCUCAUCGGGAUCGCAAUUGGCAACGCAAUGAAACUAAAUCUUCACAUGGACAUCCCCGGUAUGCGUGCAUUUGAUCUUGAAAUGCGCCGCCGAUUGUGGUGGCAGAUCUGCACCUUGGACGUUCGAGUCGCCGAAGAGUUUGGCCGUGAACCUUUAAUCCUUGAGCCGAGCCUUCGUACAGAGCUACCGCUCAACAUCAGUGAUAUGAGCUUGGAUCCUGAUAUGCGCGAAUUGCCGAGCCAACAACCGGGACGAAGCGAGAUGUUAUUCAGUCUCGUCCGGUUUGAAGUAAGCAACUUUGCGCGGCGAAUUGUUUUUUCGGACAGAUUUUGUCAAAGCAACGGCUACAGUAUAAUGAAUGAAGAGCAGAAAUGCCGGGAAGUAGACCAGUUUAGAGAGCGCCUUGAGAAGCAGUACCUUUCGUAUUGUGACAAGGGAGCUCCGCUGGACUGUGUCGCGGUUAAAAGCAGCCAACUCAUUCUUGCAAAUUUAAAAUUGGCUGUUUGUAAACCGCGAGCUAACCAAAACCGUGGAAUUCCCUUACGGGCCGGUUAUCGCAAGGCUUGUGAAGAAGUCCUGCAACAUGCACAUGCCUUGCGUCAAUACAGCAAAGGCCGUAGUUUGCUGUGGCUAUUUCAGACAUACGUGGAAUGGGAUGCUUUGGCGUAUCUCUUGCUAGAUAUUUGCAUCACGCUGUCAUCCCCACCGUCCAGGGAGACAUUUACUCUGCCGUGGGAAAUUAUUGAUGAAACUUACAAUCACUGGAAGAACAAUGCAGAUGUUCAUCGGGGCCGCCGCUGGGAUAAUAUCGAGGUACUUCGGUCACAAGCGUUGUCUGUGAUAGAGAAGAUGCGAAAUACAGCACAAACGCCCCAGACAAGUUCAUCUUGUUCCUCUUCGAGGGCGCAAGGUCAGUUUGAUGGUAUGUCGGAUACCACCAUCGAGAGUCAGCAACCGUAUGGAUCAAGUCCCGAUUCUACGUUCAAUCAAUAUACUGCCACUGCGGCUGAGAGACUUGGUCCCUCCUGGUUAAAACCUUUGGAUAGUAUCGCGCAGACGCAGCAGCCUUACAUAACAGCAGACAGGUCUUCGUCUGAAGAAGCCCAAGCCUUUACUAACACAGCAGACCUGCCUGGAGCUGGGACCGUUUGUGAGUGGAGCAGUUCGCUCAUAGAGAGAUAUUGGGAGGUUGCCGGACAGGGAUAUGAUGAGUCUGGUGCAUGGCAUUCAUCAAGUUAG